AUGACUACCACCACAACCACCACCACGAUUACUCCCUCCAACUCGACUACUGCGGCAGCUGGAUCUGCCCCGGUCCGCCGCCAUGGACGCCACAACUCAGAGCCGGCCGUGAGCUUCCAGCGGCCGUCGAGCAGCUCGUACCUGCACAGACACAGGCGCAGUCCUACCAUGAGAGCUCCAGUGGGGAGCCUACAGCAGCAGCAGGGGCAGCAUGGGCAGCUUGCACACGACGUCUGGACGGCUGCAGGCACAGGCAUGGGGCUGGUGCUGUCCCCGCCUGAAUCACGGAACAAUUCGAGUGACGAAGAAGAGAGCAAGAAACGACAGGCUCAGAACGGCACCUCCAACACUCCCACCUCGACUACUGCUUCGGCUUCGGCUUCUUCUACUGCUGCUCCAGAUCAGGCAAGUGACGGCAGUAGGGAUGGAAAGGGACAAGGGAUACUGGUUUAUUCGGUGCCGGAACAAGCUACCCAGACUCCCGAGCAGAGUGACCAGGACGAGGAAGAGCUGGCCAACAAGCCUCCCAUGCUACGGAAAAAGUCAGGGGAGCUCGUCCGGCCAGCCAUCAGACUACGACCCGGCAGACCACUUAGCAUGCCUGGAACACCCACUUUUUCCAAGGCAGUACACUUUGGAGCCCAGCUUGAAGAGGUCCGCCACUUCAUGCAGCUCGAUCGACCGCUGGCCGUCAGUGCUGGCUCUUCCCCCGUCGAGGAAUACGACGGAGACACCGAAUUCCCCUUCGCCUGCUCUAACUCUGCUUGCUCCUCUGGUAGUGGUAAGGAAUCAUGGGAGGCUCGAGUGACCAACUUUCCCAGCAUGCUCGACGACGCUCGUCUGAACAAGGCGGUGCGGCUCCGUCGGAUCGAGCUCUGUCCGAAUACCCAUGCCCUCCUCGGCACAGCGGCAGUAGCAAACAUCUCCUACUCCAAACACGUCACUGCUCGCUUCACCCUGGAUAACUGGAAAACAGUCUCUGAAGUCACUGCAGAUUACGUGCAUGCUCGCGCCUCUUGCAUCGACCGAGACGAGCGGGUAGGGUUUGACACCUUUAGCUUCUCCAUCGACCUGGCCGACCUGCUCAGACACGGGAUGCAGAAUAAGACCCUCCUCCUGUGUCUGCGGUAUAACGUCGGCGGAAGGGAGUUCUGGGAUAACAACGACGACAUGAACUACCAGAUUGCCUUCUCGAAACGAGCUUCCAACGGUGCUGCUGGCUCUUCCGGCUCGGUCGGUAGAGAUCCCUCGUUCAGAGCACGCAUGGCCAAAGUGAAGAACUCCCGCGGUCGAGCUAAGCCCCUGUCCAUGGUUGCGAUGGGCGUGAACAUGCCCAUCUCUCUGCCUGACACGGUCAAGGUAGCAGUUCGACAGACGCAGUUUGAAAUCACCGCUUCCAAACCCGGUGAUUCCGACGUCGACUCGGAGAAGGAAAGCUGGUUCCCGGACCCGGACUCGCCCACGAGAAAGAACAAGAUACGCACCAACGUCUUUGGAGACAGAUAUGAUUUCUCUGCUUCCUUGACUACUUCCGCCGCCGGUGGUGCUCCGCCUGCUGCUCGAUUUGGCCAUAGACACAGCCACUCCAUGCCUCAGCUGAGCAUGGUAGAGAGCAGCAGUGCAAGUGCCAGCGCCAGUGCGAGUGCCAGUGCCAGUGCAAGCAGUCCCAGCACGCCCAGCGACUCUGACGAAUCUCCCUCUCUAACCGAGAAGAGACUGUCUGAUUUCCUAUCCGAUAGACCCAACCAUGAGUCCCAGGUGUACAAAGAGCUGGUCGACCGAUACUGCUUCUUCGGCUCGACAAAAUCGCGACGAUCAGGCGUGUCUUCCAAGGACGGCACCGACACAAACGAGGAAGAAGACUGCUCUACUCCCACCAUGUCGAUGCCCCUGAACAUGCAGCACCUCAACCGCCGCCUCUCUCCCUCUCCUUCCCGCCCCCAAGGACCAGGAGGCCACAGCCCCGUCUCCUCUUCUUCAUCCACUUCUGUGUCCGACACAGAAGGCGUAUCUACCCCUCCAGCAUCGGGAUCAUCGUCAGCUGGAAUCCGUCCCUCCUUUGCAUCAUUCAACCGUCCUCGUCCGGCUUCAGAGAGAGGGAUGCCCGCCUCUCCUGCCCCUGCCCCAACACCUGCGCCUACGCCCAUUUUAGGAUGA